AUGACCAACAACAUUAGCAACUUUUCGUCCUUUCUAAGUUCCUCAUCAUUGAAACACUCAAAGGAAUUCAAUUCCACCUCAGACUCCUUGUUGAUCAACAACGGCUCGGUUACUAAUGGUCAAUUAACACCAACGCUACCAACGCACGUCUUCCAAGAUCUUGAUCAUCUCCAAUCUUUUGUAUCAUCACCACUCACUUCUGUGCCUUUGGAAUUUCCUUAUGAACAUCCAUCCGUUCAUCCCUGUCUGAAACUUCCCUUCUAUCAAUGUAUGCAGAAAAUUGUAAAACUGCAAGAGACUGAACCUCUCCAUGCUCAAUACUAUGACCAUGCUCUUCAUUCUCUCCGAUGGAAUAAUUCAUACGAAUUGUUGCAAUCUCUUCUCAAGUUGAACGAAAUGGAACAACAUGGAAAGAAUUUUAUCUCUCCCAUUGUGAUGAUCUCAAAUGCGGAUUUGAAAGCUCUUCAACACGACUUGAGACACUUACGAGAGGAAUUGGAAAAUCUAAUUAGAAUCAUGACUGCACAAAAUAUUGUUCAACCCCAACAGAUUGGUGUGAAAGACUAUCCGAAUAAGGUUUUGAAUGCACCUUACAGCUAUGGAAAUAUGUUUUUCUAUUGA